AGAAAAAGGCAGAGGAAACCAUCACCGGCCAAGCAGACGCCAAGCAGAAAGCGGCCACAGGCAUGGCGACCACGGCGUUCCUGUCCCCGGCCAAGCUGGCGCCGCAGGGGCGCCGGUUCGCGGGCGCCAAGACGCCGGGUCGCGUCAGGUUCCCUCCGGCGCGCGCCCAGCCGCAGGAGCAGCAGGUGAAGGAGGAGGAGGCCGAGGCCGAGGCGGCGGCCGUGCCGCCGGCGCAGGGCGGCGAGGAGCCGGCGAAGGCGAGGAAGGGGGACGCGCAGUCGCUGCCGCGGCAGCCGCUGGCGGAGAGCAAGAACAUGAGCCGGGAGUACGGCGGGCAGUGGCUGAGCAGCGCGACGCGGCACGUCCGCAUCUACGCGGCGUACAUCGACCCGGAGACCAACGCGUUCGACCAGACGCAGAUGGACAAGCUGACGCUCAUGCUCGACCCCCAGGACGAGUUCGCCUGGACCGACGAGGCCUGCCAGAUGGUCUUCAACGAGUUCCAGGACCUCGUCGACCACUACGAGGGGGCCGAGCUGUCGGAGUACACGCUUCGGUUGAUCGGAUCUGACCUUGAGCACUUCAUCCGUAAGAUGCUGUACGAUGGGGUGCUCAAGUACAACAUGAGGUCCAGGGUCCUCAAUUUCAGCAUGGGCAAGCCCCGGGUCAAGUUCAACAGCAGCCAGAUCCCAGAAGCAAAAUAGAAUGAAUCCAGCACUGAAAGAGAAUGGUUUCUCCAUUCAGUUGCUGAGCGAUAUGUAUACUUUGCAGUUCCUGCAUUCCGGGACUCAGACUGCACAGGUGCAAAGUCAUACACGAUUUCUGUUACAACAUUUCGGCACUCUGCACAGUUGUACCCACAUAAAGAGUGGCUGGGCAAAAUAACUACUGUCUAAACUCUAAACAACACUUCUGUUUCUAGAGCACCGAGAUUGGGUACCUGUUCUGCAACCCCAUA